CCCUUGCUAAAACAAAACAAAGAGAGACCGAAUCUGACGUAAAAGUAGAGCUACCUACCAAAUCCAGCCCCUAUCUGUAACCAAUUGUCUCUCUCACCACCUUGGUCAAAUCCACCCCCUCUCUCCCCUUAUCGAUCGAGUCUCUUGGUUCUUCCCUCGUUUCUCUCCUCUCCUGUUCCUCCUACUCUACAUAUAAAUCCUCUCCUCUCCUCUCCCUCCCACUCCUUUCAAUUUCCAGCCAAACUCCCCCUCUCUUCUCUCCGUCUGUCUCCAUCUCAUCCUGUCAAAAGCUUGUUUCUUUGUCUGUUCAAUCAGGUAAUUACCACCUCCUAAUUGUUAUCUGGUUUCAAAAGCGUGAAACCCACAAUUUAUCUGUGAGGCUGAGCUGAAGCUAGCAACCUUCUUGCAUCUCUCGAUAUCCCACUCCGUAUCUUGAUUUCAAAGAAGAUCGCAGGGAUUAUUGCUAUCGCUGCUACUAUUCAUGGGUCGCUCACCUUGUUGUGAAAAAGAACACACCAACAAAGGUGCCUGGACUAAAGAGGAAGACCAGCGCCUAAUGGACUAUAUCAGGGUCCAUGGUGAAGGUUGCUGGCGUUCUCUCCCUAAAGCUGCUGGAUUGCUUAGAUGCGGCAAGAGCUGUAGAUUGAGGUGGAUAAACUACUUGAGGCCUGAUCUUAAAAGAGGGAAUUUUACUGACGAAGAAGACGAGAUUAUUAUUAAGCUCCAUAGCUUGCUAGGCAACAAAUGGUCUUUAAUUGCUGGAAGAUUACCGGGAAGAACAGAUAAUGAGAUAAAGAACUACUGGAACACACAUAUCAAGAGAAAGCUGAUUAGCCGUGGCAUUGACCCACAUACACACAGACCUCUAAAUGAGAAAACCACCACUGCCACCAUCAAAACUACCACCUCUGCCACCACCAAAGCCACCCAGUUGGACUUCAAAAACACCCCACCUCAAUCACUAGCCGAAAUCAGUCUUUUAAAAAGCCAGCUUGAUUUCAAAUACAACAACAAUUUUCAUAGCAGUCAGUACUCAAUUUUCAAUCCCAAGAAAACAGAGACUCCUUCUUUUGAAGAAAAUAACUGUACAAGCAGUAGCAUGACAACUGAUGAACAACAACAACAGCAACAACAAAAGAGGGAGAGUCAUCAAGAUCAAGAUGUAAACUUGGACUUAACUAUAGGGCUCGCUCUCACUCAGACUUCUUCCGCCAACUCGGCCGAGUCAAGACUUCGACAACCAGUCUCUUCUUGCCAGUUAUUCGGUAGUGUGUUAACUCGGCCCGUUUGUCUGUGUUGGCAAUUGGAUGGUGAAAGAAGGGAAUUGUGUAGGAAUUGCCAGAAUCAGAAUCAGAGCUCAAAAAAUAAUCAUAGUAAUAAUGGGCUAUAGUAUAGAUGUUAUUAGUACUGUCAGUAGAUUUGAUGUGAAAUAAAUGCUUUUGUUAGGUACCGUAUCAACACCCGCCCCUGUAAUCAGAAAGGCAAUUAAAGAACAAGAUGAUGGGAUGCUGUUUAGCUAUACUGUGGCAUGUAAAGAAAGAAAGAAAAACAAAACAAUUUUUACUCUUUGCAAAAUGGGUUGUAAGCUUCUUGGAUUCUCUUUGAUCUCUUUGAUAGAUAUAUAAUCAUUCAGUUUUGGCGUU